AUACCACCACUCACACCUUUAAAUAUGUCCCGAAACAUUCCUGUUUCGGUGGAAGACCUUCUUAGUGCCGCUCCUGCGAAUCUUAAGCCAACAUUCCUCUCCAAAAAGAAGCGUGUACAAUUGGCACAGGAGAAGCUUGCCAGGGCAGAUGAGGCCAAAAGUCAGAAACGUAAGAAACUUCCGAGUGAAAUUAUUUACGGAGAUGACGAAGAAAGCAUUCAGCCGACUCUAGAAAUACGGGAGAAAAGGCAAAAGAGGUCCAAAUGGAACUUUUCCUGGGACGAAGCGGAGGACACACUGACGGACUCUCUCCGUUUAUCGACGGCGCCCCAGCUUGUAAGAACUACCAAGAUAGAUCUGGAUGUUCAUUGGUCCAAGAAACCCCUUGCACAGAUGAAAGACCGCGACUGGCGGAUUCUCAAAGAAGACUUCAGCAUCACCUCCAAGGGUGGAGACAUUGCACCGCCGCUUCGGUCGUGGGACGAGUCCAAGAUCCCGGCGUCCAUUCUCGACAUCAUCACGAAGAAAAUCGGAUACCAAGAACCCACGCCGAUCCAGCGUGCAACCAUUCCCGUGGCCCUCAGUAGCCGCGAUAUCAUAGGGAUUGCAGAAACCGGAUCAGGUAAGACCGCUGCUUUCAUCAUUCCGAUGCUCAAGUUUAUUCUCGACAUGCCCAAGCUUACAAUAUCUACGAUCAACGAUGGGCCGUACGGACUUGUCCUUGCACCCACGAGAGAGUUAGCACAGCAGAUCGAGCGUGAGACGACGAAGUUUGCGCAGCAUCUCGGCCUCCGUGUGACGUCGAUUGUGGGCGGGCAUAGUUUCGAGGAAACGGUGAACAACGUUAAAGACGGAAUCCACAUUGUGAUCGCCACUCCUGGCAGACUCAUUGACUCCAUUGAACGACGUAUUAUCGUGUUGUCUCAAUGCUUUUUCCUCGUCAUGGACGAGGCAGACCGCAUGGUUGACAUGGGCUUCGAGAAACAGGUCGCGGAAGUGCUUGACAUGUUGCCGCCAAUCCGAGGCAACCAUUUUGGGCUCACUAAGCGUCAGACAAUGAUGUUUACGGCAACUAUGCCACCACAGAUCGAAAAAAUUACCCGGACCUACUUGGCCCUGCCGGGAGUCAUCACCAUUGGGUCGCUGGACGAGGCAGUAGACUCGGUGGUGCAAAAAGUUGAGUUUAUCGCAACGGAAGAGAAGCGAAAAAAGCGGUUGGUGGAGAUUUUGCUGUCGUUCCAGCCGCCAAUUAUCGUCUUUGUGAAUUACAAGAAGCUGUGCGAUUAUGUGUCAAAGACGUUGAACGAGGCGGGAUUCCGGACCACCAUCAUGCAUGGGUCGCGCUCGCAGGAGCAGCGUGAAGCAUCUCUCGCGCAACUCCGUGCCCACCAGGUGGAUGUACUUGUCGCCACAGACUUAGCCGGGCGUGGUAUUGAUAUUCCGGAUGUCUCAUUGGUGGUGAAUUUUGAGAUGAGCAAAGGCAUUGAGGAGUAUACCCAUAGAAUUGGGAGAACUGGAAGAGCAGGAAAGCGGGGGACUGCCGUGACGUUUGUGGGGGACGAGGAUGGGGAUGUGUUGUACGAGUUGAAGCAAAUGGUGGGCAAGUCCAGUGUGAGUGUGGUGUCCGAGGAGUUGCGCCGGCAUCCGCGUGCGCAAGCAAAGGGAUUUGAAGCGUUAGGGUAGCACGCUCAAUAUUGGACAAUUAUGAACAAUUGUAUGACAGCGACCAAUAGUAGACGCGAGCUUAACAUUCAAAAUCUCGAGAUAGCAUUCAUCUCACCUUAGCGACUUUAUACUCUAAAUUAGAAUACUGGCCGUUUUUAUCAGGUUGGCAGUACUUUCCGUGAAGAGUACUUAUGUCUUCACUGUUUUUAAACUACAAUAUGGAUUCGAAUUUAUAUAAACCCUUCAACGCUUUCC